CUGCCCACUGGCCCCAGAGCCCUGGCCUUCUUCCUCUAGCCACCCACCACCUCCGCCUGGGAGCCAUGCAGCUGCCAGCCUUCGACAUGUGGAAGGACUACUUUAACCUGAGCAAGGUGGUGUUGGCACUGAUCCAGAGUGGGGGGCAAAGGCCAGAGGCCCAAGGGAAUGGGGAGCCGAGACCUGGGCCCCAGCUGGGGCAGGAUCAGGGUGUGGGAGGGCCGGGGGCCAGCCGAAGCCUGGCCACCCUGUGCAAUUUCUGCAAGCACAAUGGGGAAUCGCGCCACGUCUACUCCUCACACCAGCUGAAGACCCCAGAGGGUGUGGUGGUGUGCCCCAUCCUGCGGCAUUAUGUGUGUCCCUUGUGCGGGGCCACCGGCGGCCAGGCUCACACGCUCAAGUACUGUCCGCUCAACGGCGGCCAGCAGUCUCUGUACCGCCGCAGUGGCCGCAAUUCAGCUGGCCGCAAGGUCAAGCGCUGAGGAUCAGGAGGUGCCUACCCCCCUUCUACCCCCAACCCUCCUGGUUUGGUCCCUGCCUAGUCUCUGGACCCUCCCCCUGACUCACCCAGCCCUUUGGAACUUCUGGCUCCCAGAGCUACAUCCCUGCGGGAUCCUGAAACAACAGGCUGCUGGGGAGCCCCGCCAGCUCUGCCCCCCGGGGCCUCUCAGGCCUGGAGCUCUGUCCUGGGGGUGUCUGUGGAUUCUUGGUGAGGCAGGACUGCUGCCCUCUGGACUGCAAGGCCUGGUGGCUCCUUCUGGACCACCGUUUGUGGAUCUUUAGUCUUUCUGGGGGCCAGUGUCACCAGCAGCCCCAUGAUCCCAUUCCUGGUGGACUUCUUGGAUUAUUGGACCUAGAGGACCCAGCGUGCUCUCCCAGGCCCAGCCUAAGAACUUGGAGAGAGUGAACGAGACUGGCUUGGACACUCUAGCCCAAGAACAUCAAGAUGUGAUUCUGACUUGAGACCAGCUUUGUCCACCUGCUUCAGCCACCACAUGUGAACUCAUGGUUUCACCGUGGACUUCCCUGGAUUGUUCCUUCCCAGCCCGGGCAGCCCAUCCACCGGGA